AUGCGCACGGCUGUGAGCGAAUUCGAGCGGGGAAGCUGCCAAUAUUGGAUGGGAGUUCGCAAGGUGCUGGGCGCUAAAUUCACUCUGACCCUUGUUCUGCUUUUGGUUACAGUCACCAUGAUGGCUGGGACCAAUAUCAUUGUCUUGGACAAUGGAGCGAGCACAAUCAAAGCUGGAUUGGCCAACAGUGACUAUGAGCACCCGAGAAUCAUCCCAAACGCCGUCGUCCGGUCCAAAGGCGACAAGGCGACGUACAUUGGCCAUGAGUUUGAGCAAUGUCAGGAUCAUGCGUCUCUGCAUUACCGGCUGCCUUUUGAAAAGGGCCUGCUGGUUGACUGGGAUGCCCAGAAAGCCAUUUGGGACGGCCUAUUUUCUAACCAGUGCCUAGGGAUCAACACAACGGAGUCGUCGUUAUUAAUCACUGAGCCGUAUUUCAAUCUGCCGAAUAUGCAAGAGGUCUACGAUCAGUUCAUGUUCGAAGAAUAUGACUUUGAAUCAUAUUACCGAUGUGCACCCGCGUCUCUGAUUCCGCAUGGGAAUCUUUUCUCCGAGCCAGAUCUACCUCCCGCAGAAUGCAUACUGAUAGUCGACUCCGGCUUUAGCUACACUCACGUGGUGCCUCUUCUACACGGAAGCGUAGUUUGGCGUGCUGUGAAGAGGCUGGAUGUUGGCGGAAAGCUUCUCACUAACCACCUCAAGGAGCUUGUGUCCUUCCGGCAGUGGAACAUGAUGGACGAGACAUAUAUCAUGAAUGACGUCAAAGAAUCCUGCUGCUACGUCUCGGUUGAUUUCAGGCAGGACCUCGAGGCAUGCCGUGUGAACCUGCAGUCCAAUUCAAUUGUCCGUGAAUACAUUCUUCCUGAUCUGACCAAGGAUCGUAGAGGCAGGCUUCGACGAGCCGGCGAAACACUUGCUGAGAUAGAUCAAGUGCUCCUUAUGAACAACGAACGGUUCACAGUCCCCGAAAUCGUCUUCCGCCCAGAUGACAUAGGCUUAGAACAGCCGGGCUUGGCUGCGGUUAUAGCCAUUUCUAUCUCCUUUCUUCCUCAAGACCUUCAAGGGAUGUUUUGGUCGAACAUAAGUCUGAUCGGGGGCAAUACUAAAUUUCCUGGCUUUCGUCAGAGGCUAAUUGAUGACUUACGUUCCCUGGCACCUGUUGAAUACGAUGUUUCAAUAGUCGACUGCGUGGAACCGAUCACAGAGGCGUAUAGAUCAGCUUUCGCGUUCGCUACUAAAUCCGAUGGCCAGCUUUUCAAGGCCGUGGCGGUGACAAGAGAGGAGUACGCCGAGAGUGGCAGCAACGCUUCGCUACGAAAAUUCGCCACGAGCGACUGGCAAGCUGGAGGUAUUGAUCACUCCACGUCCGAGGCGAUCCAAGCCCGCCCAGAGGAAGAUCGUACGCCACAGCUCAAGAAGCUUAGUCGCACGCGAAGUAAAACGGUCCCCAGCACUUCUACAUCCCGUCGCCGAUGA